AUGCCUCAUGACCCACCAGGAGAGCCCGACGAACCGCCCACACACCAAGUGACGAGACCCGUCAGGAACAGGCGCCCCCCAGGGUACCUGGCCGAGUACGACCUCGGGAGGGCCCAGAGGGGCCACCGCGGCCUCCGCAAUCCCGUGGGCACGACGGAGGAAACUCGACCACCGGUGGACACGCACUACCACCUGCGACUGCCCAGAGCCCCAACCGCCUGGACAUGCUGUGAAACUAGGCCACCACACCACACCACCACACGACCACAACACUGCACACCACCACCUCAUCACGCCUCCACGUGGCCCCACCAGCCGCAGCCACCAGAUCCAGAGCGCCGGCCCUACCAGCCGCAGCCACCCCAGGCGCCAUGA